GAAAACACCAAACAAGGCAGAAAAAUAUUUGUAGCCUUUCUAUAAAAAUUUAAUUGGGAAUCUGUAACAAUGCUGUUGAUUCGCUUGAGUCACGUCCUGCCAGGACGUUCGUCAAGUCUCCUGGGGCAGGUCACAGGGCAGCGACUGUGGCAAUCGACCAAAGUUAUGCCGCUGAUGAAGCAGAAUCCUUGUCCACUACCAUGGAUGGGCCAGGGCAAGUCCCUGAUACCAAAGAAGCAACUACAGAAUAUGCUGCGUCGGGACUAUUCACGUGAGUCCAAGGAUCGCGAGCGUUCGCAUCUGGAGAGUCGUACGCGUGGACCCUCGCUCAAGGAUCGACUGAUGGGACCGCCCAGCGAGAACGCCUACUCCAUGGGCAAAGGUGCGGCAGCAGGAGCUGCCCUCAUGGGUCUCGUGGGACUCUGCUACUACGGACUGGGCCUGUCCAAGCAAGCCAGCCUCUAUGAUCAUUCGAUGAUGUGGCCGCAGUAUGUGCGGGAUCGCAUCCAUGCCACUUAUGCUUACUUUGGGGCAUCGUGUGGAAUCACAGCUGCCGCAGCGGCUGCCUUUUUCCAGUCUGAGGCCGUCAUGAAUCUGAUGACUCGCUCCGGUAUGAUGGCCGGGCUCAUUACCCUGGGCGUGGUGAUGGCCUCCGGAGCCCUUACCCACUCACUCGAAUACAAGGAAGGAUUCGGGGCCAAGCAGCUGGCCUGGCUGGCCCAUUGCACCGUUCUUGGCGCAGUGCUGGCGCCCAUGUGCUUCCUGGGCGGUCCAAUUAUGACACGAGCCCUGAUCUACACGGGCGGUAUUGUUGGCGCCCUCUCCACGGUGGCCGCGUGUGCACCAAGCGAUAAAUUCCUCCACCUGGGCGGUCCCUUGGCCAUUGGAUUGGGUGUAGUCUUUGCCGCAUCUCUGGCUGGUAUGUGGCUGCCACCCACAACAGCCGUGGGCGCUGGCCUGGCCAGCAUGUCGAUCUACGGCGGAUUGAUCUUGUUCAGCGGAUUCUUGCUCUACGACACACAGCGCAUUGUGCACGCAGCCGAGUUGCAUCCACAGUAUGGCGUUUCCCAAUUCGAUCCAAUCAAUAUGGCUCUGGCUAUAUAUAUGGAUGCUCUCAAUAUCUUUAUACGCAUUGCCAUGAUUCUUGCCGGCGAAAAUCAGCGCAAGAAGUAGAAGAGAUUGUGGGAAUCGGACAACCGGAAUUGGGAAAAGUUUAAUUAAAAUCAUUUAAAUAUUUAUUG